AUGUCGCUAAGUAAGAGAAUCUACGAGAUAGCAGUUGUUACAAACUCAUUCAUCAAUGUAGCAGAAGGUUCUGCAAAAAUUGUUUCUAAAGAUGUGUCUGAUUUCUAUCACAGCAGCAAAAUAAUAAAUACAGUCAAAGAUCAGUGCGAUUCAAGCAAACCUAUGUGGGAUGAAGCGCAGUCGUUAUCAACUCAAGCAAGAAGGAACGCCUACAAAAGCUCAAACUCGUUCAAUGGGUUUCAGCAAGCACGUGCUUAUUCUACCAAAUCAUUUUAUCCUGGCGAAGAUGUGAGUCUAGACGCUACGCCACUACCCGUGAACACAGAUGUACCUGUGAGCACAAACACCAUUGAACCUGAAAAACCAAAGUUGAGGGAGUUUCAGCUAACUCAGAGUGAAAUUCCUAGUUCAAGAUUGGCUAGGAUUUUCCAUUAUGGGUCAUUGGCUGCUAAUAUGAGUUUAAACGCAGCCACACAAGGUUUGAAACACUACGCAAGCGGCAAUACUUCUUCCAUGACAAUGAAGUCGCUAUUCUUAUCCCCAAAGAAUAUCGAGAGCAUGGCCCGAAAGUUUUCCAAAAUGAGAGGUGCCGCUUUGAAGAUUGGACAAAUGCUUUCUUUUCAAGAUGCGUCGAUAUUGCCUAAAGAGGUGCAACAGAUUUUGCUUCGAGUACAAAACUCGGCGCAUUACAUGCCUCCAGGACAAUUGGAAAGAGUCAUGGUGGGUGACUUGGGACUUAAUUGGCGCGAACGUUUAUUCACCUCUUUUGAUGAUGUGCCCAUUGCUGCAGCAUCUAUCGGUCAAGUGCAUACUGCCGUUACUGAAGAUUUGACACCGGUUGUUGUUAAAGUGCAAUACCCUGGAGUAUCAAACUCAAUUGAUUCUGAUUUGAACAACAUGUUGAUGAUUUUGACUGCUUCUUCUUUGUUACCUGCAGGGUUGUUUUUAGACAAGACUGUUGCUAAUGCCAGAGUUGAGUUGAAAUGGGAAUGUGACUACAUUAGAGAGGCACAAAAUUUGAUCAGAAUGAGAGAGUUUUUGAAAGAUGACGAAGUGUUUACCGUCCCAAGGGUUUUCCACAAUGCAUGCGGUGAGCAUGUAAUAACAAUGGAAAGAAUGAGAGGUACUGAAAUUGUCAAGGGGAAUUGGGACCAGUCAACCAAAAACUGGAUUGCCACACAAAUUAUGAGAUUAUGUUUAUUGGAAAUAAAGGAAUUCAAGUUUAUGCAAACUGACCCAAAUUGGGCCAACUUUUUAUUCAAUGAAGAAACCAACAAGAUUGAGCUUUUGGAUUUUGGAGCUGCCCGUGACUAUAGCGACAAGUUUAUCGUAAACUACGUCAGAUUGUUGCGUGCUGCAGUCAAGAAGGACCCCAAGAAGGUUGAAGAAUUAUCCCUUGAGUUGGGAUAUUUGACUGGAUUAGAAUCUCCAGCCAUGACCCAAGCUCACAUUGAUUCAGUUAUGUGUUUGGGUGAAGCAUUUUCACCAAUUGACAACAAUGGUCACCCAUUCAAUUUCACAAAGCAAACCAUCACAGAUAGAGUCAAAGGAAACAUUGGUUUAAUGUUGAGUGAGAGGUUAACACCACCACCAGAAGAAACUUACUCCUUACACAGGAAAUUGAGUGGUGUUUUCUUACUCUGUGCGAGGUUGAAUGCUACUGUCCCAUGCGAAGAUUUGUUCAGGGAUAUUAUUGGUUACGAAGAUUAA